AUGGAAACCGUUCAGUCAAGUGCGGACAAUACAGAUAGAGAAGACGUACAGUCUCCUGCAACAUCUCCCUUGGAGGACCCAUCUGACAGUAGCCAGAAGUUUGAGGAUGCCAAUGAACGUAACGAUCAAUCCAGGCGAGAUUCUUCUCAUGAUGCUCAGCCCUCGUCUGGCUCUCAAACCACUACCGAUGCUACUCCGCCCGACAAUGAUGAGAAAUCCCGUCCCGACAUCAGGAACAGCAACGCUAGUUCAGACCAUCCCAAAUCAGAGCCUUCCUCUGACUCUCCAGUCCCUGACGAGGCCACUGCCAGUCGCCCCACCAGCGACCAGCGAAUACCUGCAGUUAUAGCAACUGAACCACCCCCCGACAAUCAGCCUCCCGUGAAGCCUCCUCGUCCAUCCAGAUUCCAAGGCUUCUCUGCUUCAUUACCCUCUGUCCCAUGGGGACCACCCCCUCCUCCCAAGAAAUCUCCAGAACCUAGAGCUACGUCCCCGCAACCUCCCCAGCCUGCACAACCGAGCCAGGCCUCUUCCUUCGGCCGCAAAGUGACCACGCCAUUUGGCUGGUUGAGCCGCGCGACGACUGCCACUUCAAAAGACAUGAAGUCACCUUCCCUGCCAUCAAGAAAUGCUCUGGAUACCAGACGCAAUACCGCCGCAUCUGCCUCCACCGUCGGAAGUAAUCCCGAUCUCACACUAAAGGCCUUUGAAGACACUCAAGAUGGAUCCAGCGGUCAGAGACACUCUUCACGAGCAUCCUUGCGAGAGCAAUUCAAGAUGUUGCGGUUGAGAGAAGAGGCGGGAGUCGUCAGCCUAGAUGGCCCCGAGAAAGGAGAAGGAGGUGCACUGGCUGGCCUAGUUGGCCGUUCCGCCAGCCUUGGGGUUGGUAUUGCAACUCCUGGAAGCGUCGGACAGGACGAAAACGUGGUCUCUACCCCGGUCUUGUCUCCAACUUCUCCCAUCACUGAAAUUGUUCCUGUGAACCCGAAUCUCCCCCCAGGCACCGUGUCAGGGGUCGCCGCUGCUCCCGCCGACACAACAACUCCAAUAGACUGGGACUUCUGGCAAAACGUCGUCAAUGAGGGCCCCCAAGCCGUUGCUCGAACGAGCCCAGAGGCGUUUACCCAAGCCAUUAGUGGUGGCAUUCCUCAGACUAUUCGUCAUGUUAUCUGGCAAGUUCUCGCUGGAAGCAAGAACGAAGAUCUCGAGGCAGUAUACUGGGACCUUCGUUCGCGAGACGCCAACCAAGAAGUGAAAGAUGCUCCUCCAAAGUCUCCUCUGUUGAACGGCACAGUGAAUGGCAGCGCCAAGGAGAAAGACUCGGUAGGAUCUUCCCGAUCCUCAGUUCGCUCAGACCAUUCAACCCCAGCCACAAGUACCAACGUUGGUAUUGCGUCUCCGUCUCCGUCCCAGGAGGCCACGGACCCUCUUAGCAGUGCCAAGUUACAAGCAGACCUAGCCACGGAAAGGGCUAAAAAGGCCAAGGAGGAUUCGGCCGCCCUUGUCAAGCUGGAAAAAGUCAUCAAGCGAGAUAUGGGCUCGAGAACGAGUUACUCCAAAUAUGCUGCCGCUGCUGGUUUGCAAGACGGAUUGUUCCAUGUCUGUCGUGCCUAUGCGCUCUUUGACGAUGCUGUCGGAUACCCGCAAGGCAUGAACUUCAUCAUCAUGCCCCUGUUGUUCACCAUGCCAGAGGAAGAAGCCUUUUGUCUUUUGGUUCGGUUGAUGAACAAAUACCAAGUGCGCGACCUCUUUAUACAGGAUAUGCCUGGGUUGCACUUACAUCUGUACCAAUUUGAGCGACUUCUGGAGGACCUUGAGCCUGCACUUUACUGCCACCUGAAUCGACGAAGUGUCACACCAAAGCUGUAUGCGACGCAGUGGUUCCUGACCUUAUUCGCCUACCGCUUUCCCUUGCAACUCGUGAUGCGUGUCUUUGAUCUGGUCCUUUGCGAGGGUCUUGAAGGGGCUAUCCUAAAAUUCGGCAUGGCAGUCGUCCAACGCAAUGUACAAACCCUGUUGGCCAUGAAUGAUAUGCAGGCGUUGACCAAUUUCUUGAAAGAAAAGUUGUUCGACGUCUACAUUGAUGCAACACCAUCAUCAAAGUCGUUACUUGAAUCUGGCUUCUUUGGAAGUUCUGGUGGCUCAGAUACAGAGGUUUACCGGGCGGACCUACUUGUUCAAGAUGCAUGUGCCGUCAAACUCACACCGGAAAUGCUGAACCGCUAUCGUGAUGAAUACGAAACAACUACAAAGGCUGAAAAGGCUCGAGAGACCGAAUUGGAGAAUCUCAGGACCGACUGCGCCACCAAGGCCUCACAGAUCCGAUCCUUGGAGCAACGUGCUGAAAAGUCUGAUGCUGAACACAUCGGGCUCGCGAAUGAGCUUGUGCGAUUGAAAGUCGAGAACACAGAAUUUCAAGACCGAAAUGAGAGUCUCACAGGUCAAGUAGAAGAACUCCGAAAAGUGGCUGAAAGUGAAGCUGCAAAUGUUGAGGAACGGAUGAGAGCCACCACCGAGCAAGUCAUGCAACGAAACAUCGAAGUACAGAACGAAAACCGACAUAUGGAGGAGCAAAUGGCCGAAAUGGAGCGCGAGCUGGUGGAAAUAAAGUUAAAGUAUGCUGAGCUCAAUGUCGACCAUGAGACGCUCAAGCAGAAAUGGAAUGACCUCAAGCGCGCGCUUGAUUAA